AUGUUAACUCAAUAUGAAUAUGAUAAUAGUUCAUCUCAAAAAAGUUGUUACAGUAGUGAUACAAAUGCAACAGUAUCAGUUGUACAAAGAUAUUUAACCACAACAACAACAACAAAUGUUAUUUCAUCAACUACACGUAUACAAAAUUCAAUACCAAAUAUUAAAGUUGAAUCAUGUACAAAAGAAUUUCUUGCAAAAAAUUUUAAUGAUGCAUAUCCAAUGUUUAAAAACCCUCGUGGUCAAUGUUUAAUUAUCAAUGUAUAUAAUAUAAAUGGAGCUGUACGUCGUUGGUCGGAUUUAGAUGUUAAAUUAUUAAGUGAUCUUUUUCGUCAAUUGUAUUUUAAUGUGAUUGUUUAUUCUGAUUUUAAUGGAGAUGAUCUUCGAGCAGAGAAUUUUAAGAAAAUUCUUAAGCAAUUUUCCCAGUCAAAAGAACAUGCUAAUGCACAAUGUAGUAUUAUUUGUUUGAUGAGUCAUGGAGAAGAAGGUUCAUUAACAGUACAAGAUGGCAAUAAGAUUUAUCAUGAUCAUGUGUUUGAUCUAUUCAGUAAUGUAAAUUGUCCUCAUUUAGCUGGAAAACCUAAACUUUUUUUCAUACAAUGUUGUCGAGAUGAUCCAGGUGUUGGUCCAGUAGAUGAUGCUGGUUGUCAUGUCCAAAUACCAUCAAAUACAUCAUUUGAUGAUUUAGUCUUUGAUGAUGAUGAUGAAUGUGAUAGUAUGCAACGACAUCAUUUGCCUACAAUGACUGAUAUGCUUAUUGCAUUUCCUUCACAAAAAGGUUUUACUGCUUUUCGAAAACCACAUGUGGGAAGUUGGUAUAUGAAUGCUCUUGUUGAUAUCUUAGCACGACAUGCAAAAGAUACAGAUCUUUGUUCAAUGCUUAAUAUGGUUAAUGGUUGUGUAUCACGUGAAGUAACAAAUAAAGGAAAAAAACAAACAGCUGAAUAUAAAUCAUCAUUUACAAAAAAAGCAUUUUAUUUUUUUCCUGGUUUAACAGGCAAUCCAAUUGCACCUAUUGAUUAUUCUAUUCAUAAUCGAAAUGAUGUUAAUAGAAUCGAAAUAAUAACGAAUAAUAUUGAUCAUCAACAUGAUAGUUCAUCGAUUAGUUUUGAUAUAAUUAAAAUUUUUUUUAUUGAAAAUCUUCUUGAUAAAUGGAAAUAUCUUGCACGAGAACUUGAUGUAGAUGAAAAACAUAUUGAUAUGAUAUCAAAAGAAAAUAUUUCAUUAAAACAAAAAUUUUCAUUAAUUUUGGAUAUAGUUGCUAAAAUACGCCAUAAUGAUUUACGUCAAAUACUCAUUGAUAUGCUCAAUAGUCUCAAACAAUGCCGAAGAAUGUCACAUUAUUAUCAACUUCGAGAAAUAAUUGCACCAUUCUAUCCAGAUUUACAAUAA